CGUUCGCUCUAAGGUUGUGAAAAUGUUCAAAUUUGUGUGUAUCCUGGUCCUGCUGGCAGUCGGCGGCUACGCGUUUCCCCUCGAGGAAACAUCCGAAAAGCUUCCACGACCAUCGCCGAUUAAUCCGGAAGUGGUAAGCGAUCCGAAACCGGCCUUUGCGAAGGAAGCGUCGUUCACCCCCGAGAGCCAUGUGCAGAAGGUUCCGGCAGCCGGCGUUAAGCUGAGCGUGGAAGUGGCCAAGAACGAGCAAACCACCCCGACGGCCGAGCCCGGUAAGGAGAAGUCCAAACGGUCGCUGGAAACUGAGCCCACGUCCACCAGCACCAGCACGUCGACCAGUACCUCCACUAGCACCUCCACCAGUACCACCACCUCGAAACCGGCCUUCCGACGCAAUCAGCCAUCGACAAGCACGGAACAACCGAGCAGCACCACGGCCUCCAGCACCACGCACAGCACGGUCUCGGUGAAAACUCCGGUCGGUGCGACGCGCUCCAAGCGUGAGGUUGACGUCACCGCAGCUCCUGCCACCCCGACCAGCGGCGUUACGAAACGCGCCACCACCCUAUCACCAUCCUCGUCUUCAUCCUCCACUGACGACAAGGAAGGACCACACUACGUGCGACCGGUCCCGGUCGAGCAGAUACUGAAGAACCUCGGACAGCCGGAAAAGCACCACGCCGAACAAAGCACAACGGAAAAGGCGAAGGAAAGCAGCGAGGAGGCAACGCCGUCCGAGGCGGACAAGUCUGACGACGCGACCGCACAGGAUUCCACGUCCCACCUGAAGAAAACGCAUCCGGUGAUCCACCAGCAGGGCGCUUAAGAUUCCCUUUUGUUUGUUUUGGUUAUUGAUAAUGUUUUGUUU